AUGGAGCUAUUCCAGGGCAUGUCUCGGGAUGAGUUGACAAAGAAGUUGCAGGAAACCCGGGUGCUUCUUGCGGCGGCAAAGCAGCAUCGUCAAUCUAAUUUCCAGCCAGUCCCAGUCAAGACGGAGCCAGGGAAAUCAGCUACUCGAGCUGAGGGGCUUCUUCCAGCUGAGAAACCCAAUACUCUGAUGAUCUCAGCUCCUAUGGGGGGAAGUGCCAGUCAGCCAGCCGAAACCAUCCCUGCUGAUACGCAAGAGAUUCUCUUGGCUAUGGCAUCUACCCCAAAGACGGCUUCACAUGCAGAAUCUUCACCGGCCCCAGAGCCAUCGUCAACCCCAAGCAGCUGCAGGCCUCCGUCCUCAUCGCCGCCUUCAAGUGCCAAAGCUGCAGCAGCCCUGCCAGCAGCCACAACGGAGUCAGUGGAGGGGGGGAAUCAGAUGGCUGAGGGUGACAAGGACUUGUUGAUAAGGGCAUUGGCCAAGAUCGAGGAAUUGGAGGGCCGUUUAGAGACUGCUAGCAAUACCUCUGCUCGGGGGAAGGAUGAUGAGAAAAAUGAGGAGGAAAAGGAUGAUGAUCCCAUUGUCACUCCUGACGGGCAGAAAGUUCUGGGCGCUGACGCGCUCAGAAUGAGACUCAGACGUCUCACUGAGACCAAGACGAGCGGCAAACGAUGGGUGGACGACAAGACCCAACAGGACUACAAAGCCGGGGGAGAGCGCAGACAGUGGCUUGAAAUCGCACUUCUGGAGUCGUUGAAGAAGCACGGCACCGGCAGAGAAGCAAAUGGAAAAGUUCGGGCGGAAUUCCUUACCAGAGUGGUGGUAGUCCGUGAGCGCAUGCAGUCAAAGGAGCACGAGGUCACAGGGAAAUGGCAAACCGAAGAGAAACUCAAGUCUUCAGGAGAGUACACGCCGAAGUGGAAAUAUGAUGAAAACACUGACGAGUUUUUUGUGGAGGAUGAAACCACUGUGAAAUGUCGGCGCUCAGACCUGACCCGACAUACGGAGUCGACUGAGAUGGACGACAAAGUCUCUCCAACGGCUCCAAGUUUGCCAAAGGGACCUGAUGAUGUCUCCGGAGAUGAGAGCCCCGAAUCGAAGCCUACGCCAGAGCAGUUGGGUCAGAAGGUCGUUCCAGACCUGGAGAAGUUCAUGGACACGCUGAACACUAAGAUGAGCAACAUCUAUGAGAUGAUUACGGUGUUGGAGGACAAGGAGAAUCCCCCACCAAUGGAGCGCUAUGCGCUGAUGGCAAGCGACCUACGUCGCAUAGUGGGGAAGUUGGAGGAAAAUUUCAAGAUCGUGGCCAAGUAUCUAACGGAGAUCAAGAUGGAUGAUCUGGACAAGAACCCAGCAGAUCCAAAGCUAAGAGAGUUUCUUUUCUGCCACAUAGGGGAAGCUGCUUUGUUUCAGACCAUCACACCUAUCUUCCAAAAAAAAAGAUGGUAA